UUCUCGGCGCCGGAGAGUGCGGGACCAGGGCUGGAGAGACCGCCGGGGUGUAUCAGCAGAACCAGUCCAGCACGCAGCCUCGCCUGGCCGACCGCUGCGCCGUGCACUCUUCUCGGGGGACUGCACAACAUUCCUGUGAAAUAUAACUGCUUUUAAUGGCAUGUGGCUUGUAACUUUACUUCUGCUGUAUUCUUUGCAAGAAGUCAACAGUGAGGAUGUUGUCUCUCCGCGGCUGUAUUUUGUGAACGCCUCCCUGCAGCGGGUGACCUUCUCCAGCUCGGUGGGGGUGUCCCUGCCCUGCCCCGCGGGCGGCGCCCCCCAUGCCGCCCUGCGCUGGUACCUGGCUGCCGGAGACGACAUUUAUGACGUGCCCCAUAUCCGCCACGUGCAUGCCAACGGUACCCUCCAGCUCUACCCAUUCUCCCCAUCAGCCUACAACAGCAUUAUCCACGACAACGAGUACUUCUGCACUGCGGAGAACCAAGCAGGCAAGAUUCGGAGCCCCAGCAUUCACAUCAAAGCAGUGUUCAGGGAGCCCUACACAGUCCGCGUGGCCGACCAGCGCUCCAUGCGGGGUAAUGUCGCCGUGUUCAAGUGCCUCAUCCCCCCAGCCGUCCAGGAGUACGUCAGCGUGGUGUCCUGGGAGAAAGACACCGUCUCAAUCGUCCCAGGUAACCGUUUUUUCCUGACCUCUUUUGGCGCACUGUAUAUCUCCGAGGUGCAGAAGGAAGAUGCUCUGUCCACCUACCGCUGCAUCACAAAGCACAAGUACAGUGGAGAGACUCGCCAAAGCAAUGGAGCCAGGCUCUCUGUUAUGGACCCUACGGAGUCCACCCCGUCAGUGCUGGACAGUUUUCAGUCCGGAGAGGUACAAGUGGGGCACAGCGUGGAGCUGCCCUGCAUCGCUUCCGGGUACCCAAACCCCACCAUCCGGUGGCUAAAGGACGGUCGGCCAUUGCCCGCAGACUCCCGCUGGACGCGUCGCAUCACUGGCCUCACCGUUUCAGAUUUGAGGCUCGAGGACAGUGGCAACUACAUCUGCGAGGUCACCAACAGCUUUGGAUCCAAAGAGGUGACGGGUCACCUCAACGUCAUAGAGCCACUGCGGGUCACCUUGUCUCCCAAGAACCUCAGGACGGGGAUCAGCAGCACAGUCAUCCUGUCCUGCGCUGUCCAGGGUUCCCCGCACUUUACGGUGUCUUGGUACCGUAACACAGAAUCCGUGCUGCCCGAUCAGCACUUUUCCAUCCAGGGGGCUCACAAUGAGACGUUGUUCAUCUCCGCUGCACAAAAGAGACACUCAGGAGCUUACCAGUGCUUUGCCACGCGCAAAUGCCAGACUGCCCAAGACUUCUCCAUCAUACUACUGGAAGAUGGCACACCCCGCAUCGUCGCCUCCUUCAGCGAGAAGGUGGUGGUCCCGGGUGAACCCUUUUCCCUGAUGUGCGCUGCCAAAGGAGCCCCUCCGCCCACCAUCACCUGGACCCUCGACGACGAGCCCGUCGCCCGGGACCUGUCCCGCGUCAGAACCAGCCAGUACACGCUGUCGGACGGGAGCACCGUGAGCCACGUCAACAUCAGCAGCCCUCAGAUCCGCGACGGAGGAGUGUAUCGGUGCGCCGCACGAAACUCGGCCGGUAGUGCCGAGUACCAAGCGCGCAUAAACGUAAGAGGUCCUCCGAGGAUCCGGCCCAUGAAAAACAUCACUGCAGUGGCGGGAAGAAACUCUUUCAUAAACUGCCGUGUGAUUGGGUACCCUUAUUAUUCGAUAAACUGGUACAAGGAGGGGCUUCUGCUGCCUGACAAUCACCGCCAGGUGGUCUAUGAAAAUGGAACUCUGAAGCUGAGUGACGUUCAGAAGGGGAUGGACGAGGGGGCCUAUGUCUGCAGCGUGCUCAUCCAACCCCAGCUCUUUAUCACGCAGACCGUCUAUAUUACCGUCAAAGUUCCUCCACUGAUCCAGCCGUUUGACUUCCCGCCGACUUCCAUUGGCAAACUGAUGUACAUCGCCUGCGUGGUGUCGUCCGGGGACAUGCCCAUACGCAUCGCGUGGCGCAAGGACGGGCAGGAGAUCGUGCCCUCUUCUGGCAUCACCAUCGACACAAAGGAGUUCAUGAGCUCUCUCCAGAUAUCCAAGGUGUCGCUCAAACACAACGGCAACUACACCUGCAUCGCCAGCAACGCCGCCGCCACCGUCAGCACGGAGAGGCAGCUCACGGUCACAGUGCCUCCAAGGUUUGUGGUUCAGCCCAAUAAUCAGGACGGGAUCUAUGGGAAGGCUGGCAUCCUAAACUGUUCAGUCGACGGAUACCCUCCUCCUAAAGUCAUGUGGAAGCAUGCCAAAAGUGCACUAGCGGGUAUUGGGAAUCCACAGCAGUACCACCCUGUGCCUCUGACGGGCCGCAUCCAGAUCAUGAGCAACGGCUCUCUGCUCAUCAGGCAUGUUUUGGAAGAAGAUCGUGGAUUUUACCUCUGCCAGGCCUCCAACGGCGUUGGCUCAGACAUCAGCAAGAGCAUGGUCCUCACCGUCAAGAUCCCAGCUAUGAUCACCAGUCACCCCAACACCACCAUGGCUAAGAAGGGUCACUUAAAGGAGCUGAACUGCACAGCCAGGGGAGAAUGGCCCAUCAUCAUCCGCUGGGAGAGAGGCGACACGGUCAUUGACCCUGAUCGCAACCCCCGAUACUCUAUCACCACCAGUCCCAACGAGAAGACGGACGAAGUGUUGUCUACACUCAAGCUAAAGCCAGCAGAGCGUGAGGAUUCGGUUUUCUUCUCCUGUCAUGCCAUUAACUCUUAUGGAGAAGGACGUGGCCUUAUCCAGCUCACUGUGCAAGAGCCCCCAGACCCUCCAGAGCUGGAGGUGCGUGAAGUGAAAGACCGCAGUAUGAAUCUUCGGUGGACACAGAGAUUCGAUGGAAACAGCGUCAUUACCUCUUAUGAUAUUGAGUAUAAGAACAAAACAGAUUCCUGGGAGCUGAAGCAUGCCACUCGAAACAUCUCCCCCACCAACAAUCAGGCGAACAUAGUGGACCUGCACCCCGCCUCUGUCUACAGCAUUCGCAUGUACUCCUACAAUGCGAUAGGAAAAAGCGAGGCCAGUAAAGAACUCACCAUUAGCACAGAGGAAGCACAGCCGGACGGUCCUCCUAUGGAGGUGAUCCUGCAGCCGGUAACCUCUCAGAGUAUCAGGGUCACCUGGAAGGCUCCGAGGAAGGAGCUGCAGAAUGGGGUGAUCCGCGGUUACCAGAUCGGUUACAGAGAGAAUGGGCCGGGCAGUAACGGCCAGUACAGCAUUGUGGAGAUGAAGGCCACUGGGGACAGUGAGGUCUACACACUGGACAACCUGAAGAAGUUUGCCCAGUAUGGUGUGGUGGUCCAGGCCUUCAACAGAGCUGGCACAGGACCCUCUAGCUCAGAGAUCAAUGCAACGACACUGGAAGAUGUGCCCAGCCAGCCGCCUCAGACCGUCCGGGCCAUUUCUGUGACGUCGGACGAGGCAGUGAUCACAUGGGCCGAGCCCCCCAGGAUGACGCUGCAUGGCGUGUUGAAGGGCUACCGUGUCGUGUUCUGGACCGUCUUUCCUGAUGGAGAAUGGGGGGAAAUGCAAAACAUCACAACCAUCAAAGAGCAGGUGGAGCUCAGAGGCUUGGAGAAGUUUACCAACUACAGCAUCCAGGUUCUGGCGUACACCCAGGCCGGAGACGGUGUCCGUAGCAACGUCCUGUACAUCCAAACCCGGGAAGACUACCCUGGACCCCCCGCAGGCAUCAAAACUGUGCCCUCCUCUGCCAGCAGUGUUGUGGUGUCCUGGUUACCUCCACACAAGCCAAAUGGAAUCAUCCGCAAAUACACCAUCUACUGCUCCAGCCCGGGCUCUGGCCAACCACUGCCCAGUGAGUACGAAGUCAACCCAGAGCUGCUUUUCUACAGAAUCACUCACCUCAACCACAGGCAGCAGUACCUGAUCUGGGCUGCAGCGGUCACCACUGCAGGCCGGGGCAACUUUAGUGACAAGGUCACUGUGGAGCCAGCAGCCAAGGCCCCAGCUAAGAUCCUGUCCUUCGGGGGCACAGUGACCACUCCCUGGAUGAAGGAGGUGCGACUGCCCUGUAGCUCAGUGGGAGAACCUACACCCACUAUUAAAUGGACCAAAGACAGUGAGGACACAGCCAUCCCAGUGUCUCUUGAUGGACAACGUCUCAUUCUGGCCAAUGGGACGCUGGUGCAGCGCUCUGUAAAAGCUGAAGAUUCUGGUUACUACACCUGCACCGCAACCAACACGCUGGGGUUUGACACCAUCAUCGUCAACUUAUUGGUACAAGUCCCCCCAGACCAGCCUCGUCUGACCGUUUCCACCACCUCCACCUCCUCCAUCACGCUGGCCUGGAUACCAGGAGACAACGGAGGCAGCUCCAUCAGGGGUUUUGUGCUGCAGUACUCUGUUGACAACACAGAGGAGUGGAAAGAUGUUUUCAUCAGUUCUAGUGAACGCUCCUUCAAAUUGGACAACCUGCGCUGCGGCACCUGGUACAAAGUAAAGCUGGCUGCAAAGAACAGUGUUGGGGCCGGACGCAUCAGCGAGAUCAUUGAGGCAAAGACGCACGGGCGAGAACCCCAGUUCAACAAGGACCAGCCAGUCUUCACCCAUAUUAAUUCCAGCCACGCCCGCCUCAACCUGCAGGGUUGGGCCAGCGGAGGCUGUCCAAUCAGCGCUGUUACUCUCGAGUUUAGACCAGAAGGUACAUGGGCGUGGCAGCAUGUGCGGACCAAUGCCACCACAGACGUGUUUCUGGCAGAGCUACGCGAGGCGACCUGGUACGAGUUGAAGAUGAAGGCCUGUAACAGCGCUGGCUGCGGCAACCAGAGCUCCCAAUUUGCAACACUGGACUAUGAUGGCAGCACGAUUCCUCCAAUCAAAUCUCCCCUGGAAAAGAACGAUGAUGUCAAGAAGCUGUUUUCGAUUGGCUGUCCUGUGAUCUUGGUCACGCUAGGUGUCGCGCUGCUCUUCAUCAUUCGCAAGAAACGCAAAGAAAAGAGACUGAAGAGACUAAGAGAUGCCAAAAGCCUGGCAGAGAUGUUGAUCAGUAAAAACAACCGCAGCUUUGACACCCCAGUGAAGGGACCUCCUCAGGGCCCCCGGUUACACAUUGACAUCCCCCGAGUGCAGCUGCUGAUUGAAGACAAAGAAGGCAUCAAGCAAAUCGGUGAGGACAAAGCCACUAUCCCUGUGACAGACACUGAGUUCAACCAAACUGGCAACCCUCAGAGCUUCUGCACGGGUGUGUCCGUCCAUCACCCCGCCCUCAUCCAGAACACCGGCCCUUUGAUUGACAUGUCGGACAUCAGACCAGGAACCAACCCAGUGUCGAGGAAGAGUGUGAAGUCAGCCCACAGCAUCAGGAACCGCUACUCCAGUCAGUGGACUCUGACCAAGUGCCACGCCUCCACGCCGGCCCGCACGCUCACCUCAGACUGGCGCACAGUUGGCUCUCAGCACGGCAUCACUGUGACAGAGAGUGACAGCUACAGCGCCAGCCUUUCACAAGAUACAGAUAAGGGUCGGAACAGCAUGGUGUCGACAGAGAGCGCCUCCUCAACUUACGAGGAGUUGGCAAGAGCAUAUGAGCAUGCCAAGCUGGAGGAGCACCUGCAGCAUGCCAAAUUUGAGAUUACCGAGUGCUUUAUCUCCGAUAGCUCAUCUGACCAGAUGACCACCGGUACCAAUGACAAUGCAGAUAGCAUGACGUCCAUGAGCACACCCUCUGAGCCCGGUAUCUGCCGUUUCACCGCCUCGCCACCCAAACCCCAGGACUACGAUCGUGGCAAGAAUGUAGCUGUGCCCAUCCCACACCGCGCCAAGAGUGACUACUGCAACCUACCCCUCUACAUGAAGUCUGACCCAUUCUUUCGAAAGCAGCCGGAGCAUCAUGACCCAUGUCCAGUGGUUCCACCACGUGAGGCCUCAAUCCGCGGCCUAGCGCAGCGAGCAUACCACACCCAGGGCCGUCAUGUGACUAUGGACUCUGCAAAGCAGCAGGCCCUAACCAUGGGCCACUCUGGCUUGUCCAGCCUCACUUCCUCCGGAGGAGCAACCGGCGGCUGUGGUGGAAGUAGCGGAGGGGCAUCCGCUAGCUCCAGCAGCUCCACGCUACCCCAGAGGACUCUCACCAUGCCCGGCUCUUCUUCCUCAGUGGCCCAGUGUGCAGCGGCAGCUGCUGCCACUGCUGCAGCUGCCGCUGCCUUAUCCUCCGGCGCCACGGGAGGGACUCCUGGAGGGGCCUCCUCCAAGAUGGGAGGAUCCAGAGACUCUCUGCUGGAGAGCAGCUCCUCCGGCUUAGGCAGACUACAGAAGCAGAGGGAUGGAGGGGCGGGGGCUUACUCCAAGUCAUACACACUGGUGUAGCCAGCCAUCACCGCGGCCUGUCACUGUAACUCUCAAUGAAAUAUUGGUCGAGCCGGCGCUGACCUGAAGCCUCUACGGAAAGGUGGGAUGAGGAACAUAUACAUGCACAGCUGAUCUGUCAGUGACUGCGCUGUGGCAGGCUGCAGGGGCCUGGUUGAGUUCCCAUUGACACCAUGAAGGGGUCAGCGAUGGGUCUCCACAGCACAGGCGUUUGCCUUUCUUUCUGCCUGAUUGCUUUCUAUUAUUAUUGUGUCAUCUUUCUCUAUCCCUAAUUUCAUCACCCUGGAAAUCACUUGCCAAAACGUAAAUGAUUUAUCUGUUCACCAUAUAUUUUCUGGUAAGGACAGAGUACUUAUGCACAAAAUGCUUUCAACAUGCACUGUCUUGUUUUCUGGAUCAAGACAGUCCAGAGUGAGCCAGGCUGCUCGUGGUUUUUAGGUUUUUCAAUGCGUUACUUUGUUGGUCUCUGAUGGAAGAAGAGCUCAUAUCACAGCAUUGUGCCGUUGCAGGAUGCUUUUUACACAGGUCACACCAUCAUGGACUCACGCAUUAGAGGCAGAAAAACGGUCGCCUCAAUACCGGUUUCUAAGUUGUGGAGAAUGGUCUUACACAAGCAAUUGAUGCCUUUAGAAACACACAGAAAGCUGAGGAGAUAAAAUGUCGAGCCUCAUCAAGUGAAAGAUGAAUCUAAACCCCCACCCCAUUAGUUUUCUGAUUAUUUUUUGUUCCAAGUUCGAUCCAAGAUACAGAAACCUUCACAAGCCUUUGUGUGGGUGUAUAUGUGUAAAUAUAUAUAUGAAUUCAUGUGGCAGGCACACACCAACAGUGGACCUUUUUAAAAAUCAAUCAGUAUGCUGACCUCUCUGGCAGACGUCUGUGUCGAAUCUGAACCCCCUCCACAUGAACCUGUGAAGGGGAAUGGAAGAGUAACGGUGAUGAUGCUGACGAAACAUUGUGUCACCAAACGUGGUCCAGCAUCUCGUAGUUUGUUUUCCAGUGUGAUUGACAGAAUUGCUUCAGAAAUUAUUCCACGCGUAAGUUGGUUCAAGGGAGAGCAAUUACAGAUGAAAUAGGUUCCUUUCAACUAAAAAUGAUUUUCCUUGGUUUGCUCACCUCACCUGUAUCCACUUUUCCCAUUUUAUCCUUCCCCAUUCCUACCCAUCCAGUCCCCCGGCAUAUCCAUACAGUGUCACUGUGACCCACUGCUAGCACACUGGCUAUUUAAAAGACAGACAGCCUGAGAGAAAAGGUCUAAUAUGCACAGACAGGCAGACAUUUAACUUGAUGUUCAUCACAACUUGAAUGGAGAAAGAAGUUGCAAACAAAUAUAUUAAGAUGUAUAGUCAAAAAAAUCCUAAAUUUAUAAACAGACAAUGACUUUGAGAGUACAGGAAAACAAGGAGAGGGGGAUGCAAAGCAAAGAGAAAUAUGUGGAGUCCAGAACUUAUAGAUGUUUUAAAGUCCCUCCACCUCACUGAAAUUUAUUUUAGCUUUAUGCAUGGUACUAUAUCUGCUAAAUCAAAGUCUCCCCCAUCUCUUUUCCCAAAGCUUAAUCCCAUAACAAAGAUUGUUCCAAAAAAAAUGAGUGGCUCCAAAUGUUUUGCAAUGGUAAAACCUAACAUCAGGGCUCUCGCAAUAGAAAAAAGAAAAAUAUAUGAUAUAUGUUUGUUUUCAAAAGUAUGUACAUAUAUAUUUCUAUUCAAAUAUAUAGCAAAUAUAUGAAUAUUGAAAAAAAAGAAGAGUAAUAUAAAAGCCGUUCUAAUUGAAAAUAUAUUUAAAAGAUCACAAGACAAUCGCUCAGAGUGAAAAACUACAAGAAGGAAAAAUGAGAAAGAAGAGGGGGCCUUCAACGGGUACCAGAGCCACGGACACACAGCCAUCUUUAGGAGAAAGAAAGCGAUGUGAUGUUUAAGGAACGAUACCGUGACCCCCUUGUGAUUCUGUAAAUGUUCCAGCUGCAGCGCAUACGCAGCAGGCGUUGCAGCUGAGAGCUCGAGCACAGUAAAGUCAAAAUAUAGUGUGAGAUUGUGUCGCUGGUUAACUGUGGUCGAUGGCUCAGUGCAGAACGUGUGGUGAUGAAAAAGAAAACACUAAAACAAGGACAGCCUUUACAGUAAGUGAGCCUGUUGUAAUAUGUCAUAUUGUACCUUCCGAAAGGUGUAUGCCAUUACCUGACUAUAAUUAAUGAAGACAAACCGCAUAAAAAAAGUAUUUCUGCUAUGUCAAAGUGAGUCCUCCCCAAACUCCGGGUCUGCAGGCUAAUACAAAUCCUGCAGCAACGAUGGUAACAGCUCGUAUUAAUGCUCCCUUUCAUUCUGAAUUUGGAAAGAAAUUUGUUUAGCUUACCCGCGUUAGUGGGUAGGAUGCCUUCCUAAAUGGCCGUUAUGUUUCGAGUCGUGCAAAUUCUUGUUUCCAGUAAAAGUACGGGAAUGGGGGAAUUCUGUUUCAGCAACCAAAAACAGUUGUAUGGAUAUCGGAUGGAGGGAUGAAACCAACCUCUUUCUAACCCACUUUCCGUCUUCCUCCUGUGAAGUUGUCUCUUCAGUCAAACACUGAUCCACUCAGUUUGCUAAAAGUAUAUGAAAUGUAUAUCUUUAAGGAAAAUUACUCCCUUUGUUGCUUUUACACUGUUACUAAGAAUAUCAGCAAAAGUGUAACAAUGAAAAGUUGUGGUCCUACCGAGGUCAUGUGCUGCUGCCAGGCCACCGGCGAAGACGUUUUUGCUCUUAGUCGUGUUUGUACAGUUUAAACCAACAAAAUACAACGUGUAAAAUAGUGAGCUACUUUAUGCUGGCAGGUGGAUGUUGUUACUUUCUAGUUGUUUCCAUCUGCUUGUCCAAAUCACGGCAGUUUAGCAAAUAGGCACAUUUCCCUAAAUAUUAAACUAUUCCUUUAAUGUUUACCAGGAUGAUUUCAAUUUAAGUCCAAUACAUUUGAUGAUGGCAAUUCCACACAGCCUGACCAGUUAGAAGUAAACAUAAACGAACGUGAACCAUGUGAGAUAACGGUACGGUGCCCCAACUUCCAUUGUACGGAUCUUCUCGUUCCUGCUGCGUUCUCAAUUGGCCAGUCUGCAAUAUUUCAAUGACUAAAUAGAGAUUUAGGGUGGAUUUUUCCUUAAAAUACAACAACAUACUUUAAAACUGAAUCUUUGUUCGUGAGACUAACUUCACAUCUGCUAACUUCCCCAACCUUUUCCACAUCUGCUCAACCAAUCAGAUCCCCCCCCCCCCCCCCCUCACUGGACCCCUUGCCCACUUAUUCAACAUUGUUUCUACCCAUAAUAGGAAACUUGUGUACAUAGGAAAGUGUUUUGUAUAAAUGAGUACUAUUUUCGACAUCUUCACUAGAAACCAGGGCACAAUGUAAACUUUGAACUGAAGUUAUUGUAAUGAAACAGAAGAGGACUUAAUGAAAAACUAUAGAAUUAUACAGACACUGCUUUAUCUUGAUUUAAUGAUCGGAGUGGACAAUGCAUAGUUAACAAUAUUUAUUUCUUCUUUUACAGGACAUUUGGUUGCAUUGUAUCUUUUUAAAUUCUUUUUUUCAUAAUUCUUGUUUGAUUUAAUUUUUUUUACUUGGUAACAGGUUGCUUGAUUUAGAGUUUGCAUUUUUUUAAUCCACUUUUUGGGGCGGGGUAGAGGACAGCAUUAUUGCAUGUUCUGAACAUUUUGCUGAUUAUUAAAAAAGGAACAUGGUGAAUUUAACAAGUUAAAAAGGGGUUCAAUUAAAACAUUUUAAAAUGCAGAUGUUGUUCCUUAAACUUUUAUGGGGACACAUUGCUUCAAUUUGCAAUUGCUUGUGUUUAACUCUACAUUUUCUUUUCUAUGAAAACAAACAAAAACAGAAAAAGAGUACUCAACACCUUGUGCAAUAAAGCUAUCUUUUUAUGAAGUGUUA